CUCAGCGUGUCACUCUGAGACGUUGGAGUCAGCUGAUAGACAGCAGCCAAUUACAGAGUGAGGACAGACUGAACUGCCUUGCAGUGUGGUGCCCUGAGAGUCGUCAAGGUUUUGGUUGUGGAGUAUCCGAGAGGGGAGCAAGGGCGGCUACGGUAGUACAAUGCCGAAUAAAACGAAAAAAGACAAGGAGUCUCCUAAAUCUGGCAAAGUGGGCAAGAGUGGAGGACAGGAGAAUUCAGAGCAUGAGCAGAGCUCAAACAGGAAGGCUAGCAAUAGUGUUCCUCCCACCACUCAGCUGCUAAAGGGGAAACAGCCAGGUUCCCAGACAGCUGUCAAAAAGGACAAGAGGCAGAGCUCCUCUCGCUUCAGCUUGAGCAACAACAGAGAGCUGCAGAAACUGCCUGCGUUCAAAGAUGUUCCCCCUGCAGAGCAGGAGAAGCUGUUCAUCCAGAAGUUGCGGCAAUGCUGCGUCCUCUUCGAUUUUGUGUCAGACCCACUGAGUGACCUGAAAUGGAAGGAGGUGAAACGGGCAGCGCUGAGCGAGAUGGUGGAGUACAUCACCCACAACAGGAACGUAAUCACCGAACCCAUCUACCCAGAGGUGGUUCACAUGUUUGCUGUGAAUAUGUUUCGAACGUUGCCGCCAUCAUCCAACCCCACAGGUGCCGAGUUUGACCCAGAGGAAGAUGAGCCUACGCUAGAGGCUGCAUGGCCGCAUCUACAGCUCGUCUAUGAAUUCUUCCUACGGUUCUUAGAGUCACCUGACUUUCAACCAAACAUAGCCAAAAAGUAUAUUGACCAGAGGUUUGUAAUGCAGCUCUUAGAUCUGUUUGACAGUGAAGACCCAAGAGAAAGAGAUUUUUUAAAGACCACUCUGCAUCGCAUCUAUGGCAAGUUCCUGGGCCUGCGAGCAUAUAUUAGGAAACAGAUUAAUAACAUAUUUUAUAGGUUCAUUUAUGAGACUGAGCAUCAUAACGGAAUAGCAGAAUUGCUGGAAAUAUUAGGCAGCAUAAUCAAUGGAUUUGCAUUACCAUUGAAAGAAGAGCACAAGAUAUUCCUGCUGAAAGUUCUGCUGCCUCUACACAAAGUCAAAUCACUUAGUGUAUAUCACCCACAGCUGGCCUACUGUGUGGUACAGUUCUUAGAGAAGGAUAGCACCCUCACAGAACCGACGGUGAUGGCUUUGUUAAAGUACUGGCCAAAGACCCACAGUCCAAAAGAGGUGAUGUUCCUCAAUGAACUGGAGGAGAUCCUGGACGUCAUUGAACCUUCAGAGUUUGUCAAAGUCAUGGAGCCCCUCUUCAGACAGCUGGCCAAGUGUGUGUCCAGCCCACACUUUCAGGUGGCAGAGCGAGCUCUGUACUACUGGAACAAUGAGUACAUCAUGAGCCUGAUCAGUGACAACGCCGCCAAGAUCCUGCCAAUCAUGUUCCCAGCCCUCUACCGCAACUCCAAGACUCACUGGAACAAGACCAUACACGGGUUGAUCUACAAUGCUCUGAAACUCUUCAUGGAGAUGAACCAGAAGCUGUUUGAUGACUGCACCCAACAGUUUAGGGCAGAGAAAAGCAAAGAGAAAGCUAAAUGGAAAGAGAGAGAAGAAGCGUGGCUGAAGAUUGAGAAUCUAGCAAAGUCAAACCCACAGUUUCUGAUGUACGUUGACUCAGUAGGCUCAGACAGUCCAAUGGACAUGGAGACAGACGGGCCACUGCUGGAUGAUGUCAACAUGCUAAAGAAAGCGGUGGAGGAGGAAGCAACACAGAUCCAAAAAGAUCAGCGACGAGAACGCCCAUUGAUGCGAAGGAAAUCAGAGCUCCCCAAGGACAUCUCCACUGUCACAGCCUUGGAGUUGCACCGGAGAGCCGAGGAAAUGUUAACGCCGCACGACGGCCACUAAGAGACCACCCCAGAACCACCAUAAACCAGCAGCAGCAGAAGCAUCCACAGAGGAACCACAGGCCCACAGAGGCCAGCACAACAACAGAACUCUGGUAUCUCAGACCAGACCAGCCCAGCACAACACAGAACUGAAAAGUCCCAGCUCCACCUGACACAGAAAAUGUCUAAAGCCGCACAUCUAAGCCCGGUUCAGCUUUCCGGACAAGCGGUGCUCAGUCCUUACUGAUACCUUCC